AUUGAAGGAAUGAAGCAUUUCAUUACGCCCUCAUGGAACAGUCUCAAAGACGAAAUUCUCCAGUACUUUGAUGCUGCAAAAGCAGAAGCCAAAUUUAAAGAGCAUCAUCUCAAACAGUUGGUCGAUGCUUCGCACAAGAAGAAAAUGGGCUCUCUGGAUGAUUUCAAGAGCUACAUGAGGAAGUAUGUUCGUGUUGGUGGAUGGCUUCUUGCCAAAUCCAAGAUCACCCAGGACGUAUUCAACCGCUUUUUCUGGAAAGGACUAUCCAAAACCCUUUGUCAUCGUGUUGAAAACAGACUCCUUCAGAGGAAUCCUACCCUUGAUCUCUCUCAGCCUUUCGCUUUUGAUGAUGUUGUCAAAGCUGUAGAGCAUGUCCUUCGCAGAGAUUGCUUUGAUGAUGAAGAUUUUGACUCUGAUGAUUCGGAUUCAGACUCGGAUUCAGAGAACUCUUCCAGUUCUUCAGACAAUUCUUCUGACUCUGACAAAGAGGAAGAACCAUCUCAUUAUAUCAGGAAAACCACCAAACAGAAGAAAGAGAAAAAGUGCACCUCUGAGACAGAGAAAGAGAGA